GAGGGAAAACCAUAACCGGAGGUCCUUCACGUGUAUUUUGUACUCCAGCUGAAUUCAGAGAAAAGGUAGCGGAGAAACUCCGCUGAGUUAAUGAUCGGAGAUACUGACCAACACACUUUGACAAUAAUUACCUAGAAUUACCGUUACUUUAAUCGCUAGCUGGCUAGCACGCUUAAAGCGGGUGUUUUGGCUCCCGAGAGCUAAACUGACAUUACGGCGCAUCGGUGAAACGGUCCGCUAACUUCAGCCGACGUCCACAAGUUCGUGAGGAGCUGUGCUGGUCACCUCACCUGAUCUGACCCUCCCAUCACCAGAUACUGAUCUCUGAUCUGCCAGCAUGGCUAACACAGACUCCCUCCGUGUCCGGGUCUUCUCUCUCAACUGCUGGGGGAUCCGCUACGUCAGCAAACACACUCCUCAGCGCUACGACAUGAUUGGAGAGCUGCUGUCCAAGGAAGAGUACGACAUUGUCUUACUGCAAGAGGUGUGGAGUGAGAAGGACUAUCUCUCCUUGAAAAAGAAACUGGCCUUCUGUCAUCCUCACUCUCAUCACUUCAAAAGCGGAGUCAUCGGCAGCGGAUUGGCCAUUUUCUCCAAACACAGAAUCCACGACACUUUUCUAUACCGCUACUCUCUGAAUGGUUACCCUUACAUGGUUCAACACGGCGACUGGUUUGGAGGCAAAGCCGUCGGCAUGGCGGUCUUGAAGUUGGGCGGCCUGACCGCCAACGUCUACGUGACUCACCUGCAUGCAGAGUACAGCAGGGACAAGGACUCUUACCUACCUCACCGCGUGGUGCAGGCCUGGGAGCUGCAGCAGUUUGUUCGUCACACCUCCGCCGCAGCAGAUGUGGUGAUUCUAGGUGGGGACCUCAACAUGCACCCUCAGGACCUCGGCAGCAGACUACUGAUGUCCUACACUGGACUCCGGGACUCCUAUUUAGAGUCUGCUGAAUUCGAUGGGUGUGAGGACGGAAUGACUCUGAUAGCGGACAACCCUUUCAUUGGCAAAGGGUCCAUGGGUCCGUUGGAGAAAGGAAUUCGAAUCGACUACAUCCUGUUCAAGGUGGGGGAAAUUCGCGUCCCCUCGUGUUUCAAUCAAGAGGCUGAUGUUUUCACCCCCCCCAAAGCAUUUCCCUCUUCCUUUUUCUUUGUUUCGUUUGAUUCCCAGGGAUCCUCCGAAAGGGACGUUCAUUGUGAUUUCAUGUCGACCACCAAAGGCUCCGCCCCUGACCAUCCGUUCCCGUACUCGGACCACGAGGCUCUGACCGCCGCGUUGAGAGUGGAGACGCGGCAAAGACCAUCUAAGAACCAGGACUCUGCUGGAGGGAAGACGGCUGAGUUGGUGGACAUCGUGACGGAGGCUCGCACCGAGGUCAAAGUGGGCUUGCACUGCGCCGAGCGGAUGCGCUACACGGCGGCGCGCACCGGCGCCAUGGGGCUGGCUCUGCUCUUCCUGGAGCUGGCCAUCGCCGCCGUGCCCUGGUUGGCCCUGGGAGCGGCGCAGCCCUUCCCCCGCACCUCCUUCUACCUGCUGGCCGCGCUGUGCGUCGCCAUCCUCUUCACCACCGCGCUGCUCUACGUCUUCUACAGCGCCGAGCUGAAGUCCCUCCAGGGCGCCGAGGACCAGAUGCGGCUGGCUGUGGGGAGUCUGCAGGAGGAGCUCAGGGGGUUCCCCGUGGCUCAGCCCCACGGCGCCCAGCGGGGCGCCCUCGGCCCAGAGGAGUGACACGGGAGCGGGGAGGGUGGCUCGCUCAAAGGUGCCCUUGAAGUGAGCGUUCAGAGGGGUGUUUUGAGGAGGUUUUCCUCCUGUGAAUGUUUUUAUGUGCAGAAUGAGUUUCUGAAAGUCGUGAAGGACGAACCCUUUGACCUUUUUUUUUCUUCCUACCUUUUCUAUGCUCGUCACCAGCUUUUUGUCCUCCUUUUAAGAUUUCCCCCAACGCACAGCCACAAACACGCUCCGUCACAUGGUAUAUAUUGUCUGUGCUGCUCCUGAAGGUCAUGGAGGCGACCUGUCAUGAGCCGUAGGUCGUGCCUGCAUUCCACCGACCGGUACUUUCAGCGGGACCAGUUCUUUCUGUUUUCGUGUUUUUCACGCUUCCCUCUCGGGAUUUGGACACGACUGUCGUGGGUCCAGAUGGUUUGAUCCGUUUGUUUUCACAUUGAAGCUGCACCGAAGAAGCAGACGCACCCAGUUUUCCUCUGCAGGACAGAUUGAUCCUACGCACCAGUUAAGACUUUUUAGUAUUUAAAGGAAAGGGACACACUUAAUCGGUCUCAUGCUCACCGUCCUGCGAAGCAUCUUUAUGUAUCGACGUGUUCCCACGUGAUGUCUUUUGUACUGUAGAAAGUGUGCAGGGCACUUAGUCGACUAACCCAAUGAACUACUUCCUCAAAUGUAAAAUAGGAAAUUACUCAACUAUCUAUGUGGCUGUAAAACCGUAUAAUGACUCACCAGAAGCCUGACUGAUCAUUUAUUAACUUUAUUCUUUCACAUCCAUGCCGAAAGAAGCACCUGAUGAUGUUUUUUUAACUUUGUACCGGAUGUAACUUUUCAAUAUAAUACCUGAUGUUCAUUCCAAUUGAAAAAGAAUGCGAUGAUCCUGAUUGUGAAAGCGAUAAUAAAGGCUUCAUACGCUCGC